UGCUGGGAAUUAUGCAGCGUGUAGUUAUCAUAGCGCUUGUCUGGUAGAUGACCAAUAUUGUUUGAGAAAUCAACGCUUAUUUAUCGUUUCUUAUUUGUAUUUGUAAGGCUUAGUUUGGGAGGUUAAAUACAUUUCCACAAUGGCCGGAAGCGCAGGAGAAUGGUGUUUGAUGGAAAGUGACCCUGGUGUUUUCACAGAGUUGAUAAAGGGCUUCGGCUGCAAAGGGGCACAGGUGGAGGAGAUCUGGAGUAUGGAACCAGAAAACUUCGAGAAUCUGAAACCCGUCCAUGGCCUCAUCUUCCUCUUCAAAUGGCAGCCUGGUGAGGAGCCCGCCGGCUCUAUAGUGCAGGAUUCGCGGCUAGACAACAUCUUCUUCGCCAAACAGGUGAUUAAUAACGCGUGUGCCACCCAGGCCAUCGUGAGUGUCUUAUUAAACUGCACACACCAGGACGUGCUCCUUGGAGACACACUCGCAGAGUUCAAAGACUUCUCCUCAAGCUUCGAUGCAGCUAUGAAGGGUCUUGCGUUGAGCAACUCAGAAGUCAUUCGUCAAGUCCACAAUGGAUUUGCCAGACAGCAGAUGUUUGAGUUUGAUGCCAAGUCGUCUGCUAAGGAUGAGGACGCGUUCCACUUCGUCAGCUACGUCCCGGUCAACGGCCGACUGUAUGAGCUGGACGGCCUCAGAGAGGGACCGAUAGACCUGGGUGUGUGCAAUCAGGAUGAUUGGAUCAACGCAGUGCGGCCAGUUAUUGAGAAGAGGAUACAGAAGUAUAGUGAAGGAGAGAUCCGCUUCAACCUCAUGGCCAUCGUGUCGGAUCGUAAGAUGAUCUACGAACGCAAGAUUACCGAACUACAGGCACAACUCACAGAGGGGGAGCCGAUGGACACAGACCAGAGCAGCACGCUGUACAGCUCCCUGCAGACAGAGAUCGCCAAGUACCAGAUGCUCAUCGAUGAAGAGAACCAGAAACUCAAGAGAUACAAAGUUGAGAACAUCCGAAGGAAGCAUAACUACCUGCCUUUCAUCAUGGAACUCCUGAAGACACUUGCAGAGUACCAACAGCUCAUCCCAUUGGUGGAGAAGGCGAAGGAAAAACAAAGUGCCAAGAAAAUUCAAGAGGCGAAGUGAUGUCUCUUCAUCAUGUUGUGUGUGUGUGUGUCUGUGUGUGUGUGUGCGCGCGCGUGUUUGUGUUCUGUGUGUGUGAAUGUAUGCGAAUGUGUGACUUGAGUUUAAAAAAUAAAAAAAACCCAGCACGGUUUUCAUUCUCCCUCCUCUGGGAUGCAACCCCCACCCUCGUUGCCCCCAACCCCACCCCCCGAGAGUCCAGGGCCAGUCACAUGUCACAUGUAAAGUGUUCAUCCACCAUCUGCAAAUGUUAGCAUUAAGGGCGUAAAAACUAAUAAACAUGUAUUAUUUUCA